UAUCCGCCAUCUUGGAUUGUUUCAGAAGAGCAGAAAGAUCGAUCGGUCUGAAUUUUUCUGGCCUUCUUUCCUCAUCUGAUUUUAUUCUACAUAAAUUAAAGUCUAAGUGCAACCACUGGAAAUAACCAAGUUUACUAUCAGAAGACUACCGUGGAAAAUUCUUAACGACAAAGUGUAUUUUUUUCACUUUCUUUUUAUGUAAACAGCUUGGGACUCUAGCUAUCCAAUAUUCAUAACGUUCCUAACCGGCAUUUUAUCAAAUUGUUUUACUUCAUAUUUGGAUAUUUUCUGCCCCAUUACUUAUAUUCUACUUGGGACUUAGUAUUUCAAGCUGUAUCCAAAAGAAGAGCUAAGGAUUUGCUUUGGAUGGUGUGUGAAGAGAAUGGAAAAAUCAGAAAAARAAUCAUUCAGACAUGGAGCAUAGUUAGCUGAUGUUCUUGCUACCUUGGACCGUGACUUUAUUUCUAGAUGUCUUCAACUGUGGAUGAUCCACAGCUUGACAAUGAAGAAGAGAAGGAGACCAAUCCUCAAGUGAAUGGGGAUUUAUGCAGAACUAAUGAUGGUAUUGAUACAGAGAAUUGUACAGACCUUCCUCAGGUCGUUAGUGAAGAGACUCAGGCGGUUUUAGAUGAAGUACAAAACGAUAAAACACUAAUUUCUCAAACUAAUGGACUCAAGAAUGAAAAUCAGGACGUCCAGUUAGUUUUAACAGAAUAUGAACAUGUCAAAGACGAGUUAAUGAAGCUCCAAGCGGAAUAUCAAUCUUCCAUUCAACGGGAAAGAAAUUUAUGCGAAAAACUUCAAAAUUUUCACACGGAAGAAGACAACAAGGUCUCUAAACUUAGCAAAGUGAACGAAGAUCUCAGAGAACAGCUGAAUAAUGUGCUUGAGGAACUUAAUGGAAAAAAAGGAGAAUUAAAAAAUGUUAACUCCACUUUGGAUUCCACCCAAAAAGAGAGAGACAAGUUGUCAACAGAGCUGGCCAAGCUUCACAUUGAACGAUUAGAAGAAAGGGAUGGACUGAAAGAAAAAGUGAAAAGUCUUGAUGAAGUAAAUAAUAAGCUUGAGGACGAACUGGAAACAGUGAAGGGGAAGAUGCAAGCACAUGAUUCUGCUGCAAAGCGUGCAAUUAAUGCCAUCCAGAAAGAAAUGGCAUUGAGAGUCGACCAGGUAACUAAGAUGUAUGAAGAUGCACUGAAAGACAAAGAAAAUGCUGUUCUAAAGAUGACUCAACUUGAAGAGGACAAGAAAAAAAUCUUUGUUGAGAAAGAACUAUUAGCUGGAAAGUUCAUUGACAAUAAUAAGGAGAAUGAGAAAUUAAGGCAGAAAAUUAAAGAUACAACCGGUGACUUAGCAAAAGCUCAAGCAUCUUUGGAAGAAAAGGAAAAGGAAGUCCUGCCACUUCAAAAAGAAUUAACAAAACUAAAAGAAGAAAUUAAUUCUCAGGCAGUUAAAGUGAAGUGGGCACAGAAUAGACUAAAAAAUGAACUUGAAGCUCAUAAAGAGACAAAAACAAAGCUAAGUCAGACCACCCAAAAGCUUAAAGAAGCCAGAGAAGAAGGCGAGAUGAUAAGGAGUAACUGCCAAGCUCUUAUCAAGAAGUACCAGGAAUCAGAAGAAAUGAAAUCCAGUAGUCUUGAUCAAAAACUGAAAGAAAAAGAGGAUGAACUAAAGAAAAAUGAGCAAGAAAUUGCUGACCAGGAUGAGAUUUACAGAGUGAAGGUGCAAGAGCUUGUCAACCUACGUAAUGAGCAAAGAAUUUAUGUAGAGGAAAUAAAGGAUCUAAAGGCCAAGGUCAUUUUACUUGAGGAAAAGAUAACCCUUUAUGCUGUGAAGAUAGCUGAACAUGAAAAGAAUGAGUUAGCACAGAAAUCAGAGAUUCAAACCUUAAAGAAAGAACUACAAGAAGUAAAUGAAUUUAAAACUAAGUAUGAAAGUGAAGUCCAGACUGUCGCUAAGCUAACUGAAGAAAAAGAAAGACAGCAGAAGUACAUCCAUGACUUAGAGUCUGACAUCUCUGGUGGAACCAGCAAUCAAUCAGAACUCCUUGAGUUCACUGAGAAAUUAACUGCUAAGAAUGCUCAACUCCAAUCUGAAGUCACUAGCAUCCAGACAAUGUGUGAAAGUGUCCAAAAAGAAAAGAAUAACUUAGAAGAACACCUUGAAGAGAUAAAAAAACAGAAGUCCACUCUGGAAAGUCAGUACAAAGAAGAGAUAACAUCACUACAGAAAAAUCUAGAACAACUUACUAUUAUUGUGCAAGAGAAAUCGAAAGCAGUGGAGCAACUGUCUCUUUCCUUGGAAGAUGCAAAAGAUGAGUUACAAGUCACUAGAAGAAAAAACAAUGCUUCAAUCAAGGACUUGACCAGACAGCUACAACAAUCAAGAAAGCUGGUAGAUAAACUAGAAUCUAACCAUCAUGGUUCAAAGGAAAGCCUUGAUGAUGAUUCCAAAUCAUCAUCUACUUCUUCUCUGGAUAAACUGAGUGCUAACGGCUCAUCACCAGUUGUGGUCAAUAAUCCUGCUAUGUCUGCUUGUGUAACUGAUUCAGGGAUGCCACCCAACCACGAUGCUGUUCAAAUUGUACAACCAAUCAAUCCACCAAUGAGAACAGGAACUGAGAUAGAGCCGAGUAAGAAGUUAUUAGUAGACAAGAUAUGCCGACUGCAGAAAAUCCAUGCCAAAAAGAAUGAGAAAUUAGAAUUCAUGGAAGAACAUAUCAAUGCUCUUGUUGACGAGAUCCAGAAAAAGACAAGAAUCAUUCAGUAUUACACAUUACGAGAAGAAUCAGGAGCACUGGCCCCGCCUAUGUCGGACUUGAAUAAGGCACGUUUGUCGCGCCAUGGAGGCAUCAUGGCAUCAUUGUACUCAUCCAAACCACUUGAUAGUGAUAUGACGAUGGAAUUAUCACUACAAAUUAAUAAGAAAUUACAAGCUGUUCUUGAAGAUACUAUACUUAAAAAUAUCACACUAAAGGAAAAUCUAGAUACUUUGGGAGAUGAAAUAUCAAGGCUAAAUGAGGAACUUACUGCUUAUAAACGGCGAAGGUAAAAAUGGGUAUUCCAGGAAAAGUCCUCAAGACAUCACACUCGUUUCUUUAAUUCUGUGAACAAGGUACAUGUCAGAAGAGUUAUAUGAGGGCCAAUGAAGGAGGCAUUUGAAGAAGCUGGUGGUAUUGGUUGAUGCUAUCUCGAGUCCCUGUGGAGUAAAUAUCAAAGUAAAUAAAGGAAGUCCUAAAUAUUAUGCGCUUGCCUGCAACAUUCAUAACAUCUACUCCCUUCCCUUGAGGUGUUAAAUCUCUUUCUGUUCCAUCCAUUAAAAGAUAAUAACUUCAUACCCAGAUAUUUGCUAACUGUUAUAGAGACGUACUUAAAUGAUGAAUUUUCCUCACGUAUAGUCAUAUGAAAUUAUUAUUUACUUUGAAGGAGAUAUUUAUUAUGUAAUUACCUCAGUAACCACUAAUGUUUAAGGUAACUGGUCAGUUUGCUACCAUGUAAUAAUUGUGCUACCAGUCCGUUCGCUACCACCCAGGGUCAUGUUGAAGUCUGUUCGCUAACAAUGGCAAUUACCAACCCGAAACAUAAUAAAACUUAGUAAACAGCUACAAAGAUUGGUAAAAGACAUUUGUAUAGUAUGUUUAAGACUUGAAAAUGAAGCCAAAAACAUUAAUAAUGUGAGGAAGGGGUUCGUUUUAAAGGUGCUAUUUAGAGUUUGCAAAACUGGUGACAUUCAACACACCCUAGCCAUGAUUUUCAAUAUUAAAUGUAUUCUGCUGUUUCAUUUUUUGGACCUUGUGUGACUGAGAUAUAAAGUAACUUUUUUUGACUGUCUUUAGUAAAAAUACCAAGUGACAGAAUUUGGAAUGACAGUGUCUAGGAUUUUGUUUGUCUUGAGUUUUUUUCCUCAAACCCUGGAUAUCUCAAACUGUUAUCUUGAAGCCAUGUGAGUAACACUACAAUAUUUUACUUUGUAUACCUUGAACUCCCAUUUGAACUUUUUUUCAUGGUACCCAGUAGGUUUAAGAUAACAGGACUCUUCUGUACUUAGUAGCUUAAUUUUUCACCUCUGAAAUUAGCAACGUAAUGACAUGUUUGAUCUGAAAUGGAACAGCAAGUUUAAGAGGUGUGCAUGAAUGUCAUUGGUUUACUUGGAAGGAACUUAUACAAUGAACUUACAAUGAAGUUUGCUUAAACUCAUUCUACUCUUAGAGAAAAAGCUACUCUUCUGUUCCCCUCCCACUCUAUAGGUUGGAUGACACAUAGGAAUAUAAUGGUGCAAAGAGGAGGGGUAGGGUAAGGAAAACUAUUGAUUUAUAAGGUAAUCUAGCUCAGAAUGCAAAGGGGAACUAAGGAUGCUUUCCAUUAAGUCAAACUGAUCGGUCUGAGCAGCCAGUUCUCAAAUGGUACAUGUUCUUAGAACUGUACACAUCAUUUGAGAACUGGACGCUCAGACCAAUUGGUUUGACUUAAUGUAAAGCACCCUUAGUUUAAAACUGCGUACUUCAUUAGUUCAAGUAUUAGUUACCUCCAAAAGGAAUCUUUUUACAUAAACAUAUUUAUGGAUAUCAUUUAUAGAUAUAAUUUAUAAAUAUCAUUUAUAGAUAUCUGUGUUUAAAUAAUUUUGUAUUAUUUUAAAAUUUACAAAAUAUUCCUUAAUCAAACUUCAAAAAAAGAUAAGUUUUUAAAGAGUCACAAUUUACUGAGGUAUUUUUAAAAUUUAAUUUAAGCUUUUCUAAUGUCAAAAUGUCUUUGUAUGAUUUCAUGCAAACUUCGCCAUUAUUCCAAGCUCAAGGCCAUCUUUCCUUAGAGAAUAGCACCAAUAUAGCUGUAAUAUAUGUAUAUAGAAUUUAGAAUUAUCAAUAUUAUUAAUAAAUAGAGGAGAGGGAUUAUUGCUUUGUUGUAUGAAUAAAAUACCUAAAAAUUCA